UUGUUUGUGUGUGUGUGUGUGUGUGUGUGUGUGUUGGUACACUCUCCUCAUCACAAUAAUCUUGUGUUCUGUCUAAUAUCUCUCAGAUGACGGUUCAUAACUUGUACAUAUUUGACCGCAACGGCACCUGCCUUCAUUACGGCGAAUGGAACCGCAAGAAACAAGCGGGAAUCUCCAAGGAUGAGGUACACAUACAUGUAACAGACAUGAACAGCUCUUACUGUGUGUUUGAAGACUGUUUAUUGUUUCUCUCUUUCUGUAUUUGUGAUCAGGAGUUUAAGUUGAUGUACGGAAUGCUGUUCUCCAUCCGAUCAUUCAUCAGUAAAAUGAGUCCACUGGACAUGAAAGAUGGAUUCAUGAUGUUCCAGACCAGUCGUUAUAAACUGCAUUACUAUGAAACUCCGACGGGGAUCAAACUAGUGAUGAACACAGACCUCAGUGUUCCGAACUGUAGAGACACAUUACAGCAGAUAUACAGCACUUUCUAUGUGGAGUAUAUAGUGAGGAACCCGCUGUGUGUGUUGGGCGAGUCUCUACAGAGUGACGUCUUCAACACUAAACUGGACUCGUUCAUAAGAGCGCUGCCGUUCUUCAGUGUGCCAGUGUUGUUAUGAAAAUAAAUAUUAUCA